CACAUUGAUAGGUACAAUAUUUGAACUAGGCCUACAUUUAAGUAACAAUCGACAUCAACACAGUUUUAAUUUCGUACUUUUUUUCUUUCUCGAGUUUUCAGGCUGUAUAUUUUGUCCCUUCAACCGUCCCGUACCUCCAAAUCACGUGUGCAAGUACCAUUCUGACAUUGAAGUCGAGCAACGAGGUUCGUCGCCAUGGUUUUUGGGAAGCGGAUCGCUGACGUGGGGUACCGCGUGUUCUCGGGCACCAUGAUGCUGCUCACGGUCUACGGCGGGUAUCUGUGCACCAUGCGAGGCUAUCGCUACUACCAGCGGCAGAAACUACUACGGGAAGCUGCAGAGAACCAAUCGGAGAUCCUCAAGGACUGACGCCACCCUGGCCUGUCCCACCCUUAAUAAAUAUAUAUAUAUAUAUAUAUAUAUAUAUAUAUAUAUAUAUAUAUAUACUGUAUGUUCCAUUUGCUCUGGAAGGAUGCAGCAGUAACACAACCAUGCCAACAGACUUGUAAAAUAUGUAUUGCCAGAGGGAUUUACAGUACAGCACUGCAAGCUCCAAAAUAAGCUUGCAUCCAGGAUAAAGGGACUGUUGGUAUGUUUGCAGGCUCCAAGCAUUUGGGCUUUUACAGUAAUGUGUCUCGUUGCUGAUUUUGCCUGGCACCCCAGUGCUGUGUGUGUGUGUGACUUGCACUUUGUCUGUGUUACCAGGGUCACAGAAUGGAAACCCAAAUGAUUAAAUGUGUUUUUUUUUCUA